AUGAAUGAGGAUUGGUACUUGGAACCAAGUCUUGAGGAUGCCCUAGACAUGAGACAAAAUGCACAAAAAGAAGCGGAAUUGCUAAUCAAAUGGAAGGGUCUGCCUGAGUUUGAGAACUUGUGGGAGUCAGUGGAUAAGAUGAGGGCUGAAUUUUCUGGAUUUCUCCUUGAGGUUUCUUUCAAUGUCAGAACUGGGGAUGAGAUCAAAUGCACAAUUGCGGAGUUGCAGCAGUUGAGAGCUGUGCCAGAAAACAUACCAUUGGAUAUAGUUUUUGAAGAUGAGCAUUUGCUAGUCAUAAAUAAACCUGCUCACAUGGUUGUGCAUCCAGCACCUGGGAAUACGUCUGGGACACUUGUCAAUGGCAUCCUUCACCAUUGCAACCUGCCAAAUGUUGAAUAUUCUAAAGAGGAAGCUAUUUCAGAUACGGAGGAUUUUGAUGAUGAACUUAAUGGCUUCUCAUCUAAUGCAAGUUCUUGUGAAGUGUUAGAUUCUAGAUUGUGUGUGGCCUCAAUUCGCCCAGGGAUUGUACACAGAUUAGACAAAGGCACGAGUGGGUUGCUAGUUGUUGCCAAGGAUGAACAUUCUCAUAAGAAAUUGUCUGAACAAUUCAAGCUACGCACUAUCAAGAGGGUCUAUGUUAGUCUCACUGCUGGGGUACCUACUCCAGUUGCUGGUCGUGUUGAAGUUCCGGUUGGUCGGGAUCCUAAUAACCGGCUUCGGAUGACCGCUGUUACUGGAGCAGUUAAUUCUAUAAAGGCUCGUCAUGCUGCUAGUAGGUACAAAGUAAUUGAGAUACUUGCUGGGGGUAGCUGUGCGUUGGUUGAAUGGAAGUUAGAAACAGGGCGCACUCAUCAGAUCCGUGCACAUGCCAAGUAUUUGGGCGUACCUCUGCUUGGUGACGAGGUAUAUGGAGGGACGAAAAGCAUGGUCUUGUCACUGCUACGGCCACGGACAACCCCGAGUUUGCAAGGCAAAAUGGUUAAAGUAGUUUCUGAGCUAGACAGGCCUUGUCUUCAUGCUUUGACUCUCGGGUUUGAGCAUCCUCAUACAGGGAAACAGGUGCACUUUUCAUGCGACCCCCCUGUAGAUUUUAAUGAGAUUUUGAGCCAGCUUCGUAGAAUUGGCAGGGAUAGGAUUUCUUCGUCAAAAGACAAAUUUGUAAAAGGGAAAUUGUAA